AGGAAGGAAAGAGGGAAGUAGGAGAACAAGUGAAGAUAAAACAUGAAGACUGACAAAAUAGGAAUAAAUAGAUGAAUAACGAACAGAAAGAGUGAAAAUUAAAUAGAAAAUAGAGAAAAAACAAAUAGAAAAAGAAAAAGAAAAAAAGAAAAGAGAAACAUUGAAAUAAGUGAAAAAAGAAAAAAAAGAAAAAAAAGUGAAAUGAUAAAGAAAUAAAAAGUUUUGAUUAAAAAGAUAUAAAGUUUUGUUGAUAAGUUGAAGAGUUACCAAUAGCGUGUCUGUCUGUCUGUCUGUGUGUCUGUCUGUCUGUGGAGGGAUGCCAGUGAAGAUUUUAACACCGAACCGUGCCGGGCUGAUGGCGUGCACAGCGGCGGUGGUGGUGGUUGUGACUGUUUCCUGCCUGGCCACGUACACACAGGACUGUAUCUCAUACCACGUGAAGCGCUCCCUACAAGGUCCAAUACCACAAGAUGACCCUGACCUUAUUGAAUGGGUGAGGGGUCAGCUGGUACCGCCCUCACGCCUCCCUUACAACCUGACCCUUCUCAUGAGUGGGCUACACCAGGAGGCCGACCAGGCAAAGAGCGGAGACAUCUACAGUCCCUCUCAAGAGUUCAUUCUGGGCAAGGUAGAGGAGCUGUAUGGGAAAAAGCUGACACAAGCGGGCACGUUUCUGGAGGCUGGAGCGUACGAUGGCGAGUUUCUGUCCAACACUCUUUACCUGGAGCACGAUUUCAACUGGCGCGGGUUACUGGUGGAGGCCAACCCUGUGUUCUUCCAGAAGCUUUUGUGGAAGAGGAGGAAAAGUUACGCUAUCAAUAUUUGCCUUAACACUAAGCCCUUCCCGUCCAAGGAGACCUUUUUAACGGGAUCGGAGCAGCCAGAGGAGACUAACCACCUUCUGAGCCAAGACAGCGUUGACCAGCCAUUACGUGACCCUCUGAUGGAGCAACACAUCUCCCUUGGCUCUUCUGGACUCAUUGAUUACAAGCACAAUGAUACGCAGGUGGGAUCGGUGACGGAGGUUCAGUGUGUGCCUCUCUACACAGUCAUACGCGCGCUGGGACGCACGCACAUUGACUUCCUGUCCCUCGAUGUGGAGCACGCGGAAAUGGGCAUUCUGGAUACUGUUCCUUGGGGCGAGAUUUCCUUCACGGUCAUGGCAAUCGAACACACGACCCAAGAUGACCUGGUGUCCUACCUUGACCAGCGAGGGUACCAGCACGUUGCCUCAUUCCAUGCUGACCACAUUUUUGUCAACAAGAAGAACAUUUUAUAAAGGUGAGGUGAUCAAGAAGAAGAGGAAGAAGAAGAAGAGGAGAA